AUGAAAAAAAAUGUUGCAAGUUCCACACCAAAUUCUAAAUAGAAAUAGAAUAUCAAUUUUUCAUAGGAUCACUCACAAAAAUAAAUGUAAAUUAGUUAAUUUAAUUCAACUGAAGAUCAAUCUCAAAGUGAUUUGCUUAAAGUAAAUAUCUAUUAAUUAAAUUAGAAUGAUGAAUCCAUUAUAUCAAAUGAUUUAAGUUAACCUUCCAAUAAUUUUGUAUUCACAUAAGAAAUUUAAGAUAAUAGGGAUAAUUAAAUUGAAUUUAUUAAUAAUGAAGAUGAUAUCAAAAAUAAUUAAGAUUAAAGUUUUAUAAUUUAAAAUAGCGCUGAAAAAAUUAAUCAUAUUAAUAAUCAAAAUCAGUCACCUCUAAUCAAUGAGAAUUUAGAAAAUUAAUAAACUAGUUUGCAAUAUUUAAAUCAAGAAAUACAUCAAAAUCCAUACUAAUAAGGUAUCAAAAAUAAUUAUAAAAAGAUAGUCAUUAAUUUAAUAUGAUUGAAUAAAUAAAUUAAGAACAAAUUUAGGAGAUUAAGAAUGAAAGAUUUUCUUAUAGUAAUAAAAAAGCAUUAACUGUUGAAAUAGAGGAUAAUGAAUUUCAAGAAAGUAAAUUAUAAAUUGAAUAGUAAAAUAAAUAAAUAUUUGAAAAUGAAACAAGCUUUUCUAAUUUUUAAUUUAAUCUAAAUUAAUAAAAAACAAAUAGUAUUAUAGAUAAAUAAUAUACAGAACAUUGUUUAGAUGAUAAUUAUAAAUUUUUAUUCUCUUCUUAAGAUGAAGAUUUUUUAAAACAAGAUAACCUGUAAAUUUAAAAGAUUGAAGAAAAUAGGUAAGAUAUUGAAAUAGUUAAUGAUUAAUAAAUAUUUUAAAUUAAUGAUAAUUCAAAGGAAAAAGAUGAAGCUAGAGAAAUCUAAAGAACAUGUGAUGAAUAAUUAAAAAGAAACUCUUUAGAUAAAUCUUCAAUAUCUAAUGAAUUAAAAAUUUAAGAUAAUUAGAUUAAUUAAAUUCAAAAUCAAGAAAUCAAAUAAAUGUCAUAAGAUUCUUAAAUAUUAGAACAAAAAUAAUAAGAGUAUUUCAAUGUUGAAAAUUUUGAAUUUAAUAAAGAAUUGGAGAUAUAAAUAGAAAAUUAAAAAUAGAAUUAUUUUGAACAUGAAAAGAAUAAUAAUUAAAAUUAAGAAGUUGAAUCAAAUCAUUAAGAUUAAAUAAUCUUUGAAUCUGAAGAUUAAACUGAUCAAUUUUAAAACUCUUUAGAAAUAUAAUUUUAAUAGGUAAUAAAAGAUUAAUAGUUAUAAUCCUAAUAAAAAAUUUAAGAUUUUACUAAAGAUGAAAAUAACUUAGAUGGAUUGUUUUAGAAUGGAGAUGAUAAUUCAAAUUAUUAAAUAACUUAAGAAGUAUUUUAAAAUGAAAAUAAAAUUGAAUAAUCAUAAAUAAAUUAAUUUUCAUUUAAUAAUUAAAUUGAAGAAGAAUAAGAUAAAAUAAUUUGUAUUGAAUAAUCAAGAGAGGAUUAAGAAUUUAAUGAAAUCAAUUAAUAAUUAUAAAAUAAAGAAAGUGAAUAGUUAAAUUAGAAUGAAUAAAUAAUUUCUGAAGGUUAUUAAAGAGUAAUAGAAUCGUAAGUUGAACCAGAAAAAAAUUUUGAUUAAAAAAAUAUGGCUGAUCAAAUUCAUCAAGAAAGUAUAGAAGCAGAAUAAAGUAUAGAAAAGAAUGAUUAAUAAGAAGUUGAUAAUAUAACAUUAGAGAUAUCAAAAAACAUUUUGGAAGAGUUAAAGCAUAUAAAGAAUUAAGAUUCAGAUUUUACGAAAUUCAACGAUAUUGAUUUAAAUAAUAAUGAUAUUUAAUAAUAAGUGAACAAAUAGGAUAUUGAAAUAAACAAUUAAAAUAUCUUAUAAGAGAUAGUUCACCCAUAAAUCUAACAACAAGAACUUAAAAGCGAGGAUCAUAAAGAGGAACAUCAAGUACAAAAUCAAUGUUAGGAAGAUUUUGGAAUUUGUAAUAAAGAAUUAAUAGAAGAACAGAAAUGCCAAAAUUUAGAUUAAAAUGUUAUACAGUUUUAUUUAAACUGUAAUGAUCAAGAAAUGGAAUAAAUAUAAUAAUAAGCUAAAAAUGUUUUUUAACCAUAAAUUAAUAAUUUUUCUGAAUAAAACUAAAAAAUGAAUCAAGACAUCGAGUAGAAGGAAGAUCAUUAAAAAGACUAAAAUCUCUAGUAAAAUAAACAGAAAUCACAUAUUAAUAUAUAAUAAGAUUCAGAAUUAGUAAAUCGGGUUAUUGAUAAUUAGUCUGAAUCAAACAAAAAAUAAUAACCAAUAAUAUUAAUUGAUCAUUCUGAUGCACAAGGCUUUUCAGAUUAAUAUAAUCAUUUUAAACCAGAUUAAAAUGCUGAUAAAAAAGGAUUUGAGCGUAAAAAUAUCAUAUUUUCCUCUUAAUAAAAAAAGAAUUAACAAGGGGAAAAUUUUUUUCUUUCUCAAACAAAAAUACAGAAUUAAGAGGAUGUAUCUAAUUAAAAUCCAUCAUGCAAUAGUUAAUCAUAACAUUUAAAAGAAUAUAGUUCAUCAAAAAGUAAUGAUUAUAAUAAUAUUGAUGUGGUACAUGGUGGUGAUUAAAAUAAAGAUUAUGCUGAUGAAUUAUAAGAAUAAAGAAAAUAAAAAAUAAGAGAAUUAGAAUUAUAAAUAUUGCAGGCUUAAAGAGAAAUCGAUGAAAAAGAUGAAAAAAUAAAAUAAAAUUAAGAAAUGAUCACAACCUUUGAAAGCUUUAUACUUCAAGAUUAUAACCCUGAAGAAUUCGAAAAAAUUAUAUUAUCCGAAAGCAAUUUUGAAACAGAUAAUAUGUUGAUUACCAAUCUCAUUAAAAAAUUGAGAUAAUUUUUAUAAGAUUUCUAAGAUUCAAUAAUUGAUUUGAUUACUAGAUUUGAUGGAAAAACUGAAUUAGAUAAAGAUGAAGAAGGAGAGAAGGAUAGAGAUACAAAAGUUCAUGAUAAACAUUUAAACGUAAUAACCAAAGAAUUUAAAAAAUUUAUAUAAAAAUAAUAGAAAAAAGAUUUGGAAGAUAAUAAAGGUUAAAUUAUAAAUUAAGAUCAUUAAAAAGAAGAAUUACGAAUAGCAAACAAAGAUUUAGAUUCAUUAAUAUCUUCUAUUAUUGGUUAAACAAAAUUAUUACGUGAUAUUUUGUAAAAAAGUUGUUGUCUAAUAAUAAAAUUUAAUUGCGAAAUGUACAAUGGCCUUUAAGGAAUGUCUAAAAAUAAAAGUUAAAUUGCAUAAAUUGUAGAUUUAACAAAAACUGUAAGGUAAAUAACGUAAAAAUUCUAAUAAAUUAUUAAUGAAUAAGUAGAUUUAUAGGAGCUUUCUGCUGAUAAUGAUCAAAUACUAUUGUUAGAAUUAUUAAAAUAGCUAAUAUAUAAAUAAGAGGAAGCAAAAAAAUUUUAAUAAUUGUUUACAGAAUGUUUAUUUUAAAGAAUUGAUCUUGUUCAGCAAAGUGAAUAAAAUUUAAGAGAAGAUAUGGCAAGAAUGCUUUAAUAAUUAAAUUGA